CUCACAUCAACAACAAAAUUAAAUCACGUGGGAUAUGAAUUUAUAGCCAUAUAUAUACACCUUACUCUUCAAGUCUCUCUAUCUCUAGUCUUUACUAACCCACCUAGAGUAAGAAAGAAAAAGAGUAAUGGAUCACAAACACUGUCAAACUCCUUUAGACUCAUCAUCAUCUUUUCCCACUACUACUUCUACUACCAACAGAGAUCAGUAUCUCAAACAACUUAACAAGCUUUCACAUAACAUCUCCAAACCCAACAACAUUAAGAAACCAACUUUUUUUGAGUCUUCUCAAAGCCUCACUCACAACAACACCUUCAAUAAACAAUACGCUCUCCCCUCCGAGUCUCAGCCACAAGUCUACAACAUCAGCAAGAACGAUUUCAGGGACAUGGUCCAAAAGCUGACCGGCUCACCCGGUCACACCCCGCAACCAAAACCGGUUGCAACCUCUCGCCUCCACCGCCUGCGGCCUCCGCCGCUACCUCAGGUUGUUAGCCACCGCCCUCCGCCUCCGAACUCCGGCAAAGUCGCCGUCGCGCCUCCGUCGCCUCUGCCGCCGUUUCCCACCGUCCACGCGGAGUCGCCGGUCUCCGCGUACAUGCGCAGCUUUCUGCGGAACUCCGUGCCGUCUUCUUCUUCGGAGUCGGAGUUUCAGUUACCGUUUUCACCGGUCACUUUUGGAUGCUUCAAUUCGUUGGGGGGUGGUUCUCCGAUUCCCCUUUCACCGACUGUGCCGGUUUCGAGCCCUAGAUGGAGAGAUCUUUGAACUAGUUUCGUUGGGGUAUGCUUUAUAGUACGUUGUCGUGAGUCAUGAUGUUAUAUGUAGUUUAAUAAAAAGAAAAUUUUUCAUUUUGAUUUGAUUAGAUUUCUAAAGUAAGAAUAGUUGGACGUAAAAGUGUUGACUUUUUAGGAAUGGUGUAAAAUGCUGGAUUGAUCAUCUUAAUAUGUUGAUAUAAGUAUUCUCAUAUAACCUUUUAAUUAA